AAAAAAAUCUCUUAUCAAUUUUUCGACAACUGCUAUUAUCCCGUUAACAAUAUUUAAGUUUGACCACAUUCAAUGGCACAACAGACUACAGAGUAUAGAUAUUUAAACCACAACUCCACAAGACAGUAAUUAGUAAUAACUUACAGUAUAAUGUCUAUGAUUUAAACGAUUUUUAAAUUUAUUUACAUUUUACAUUAUGUGUAUAUAAAUAAGUAUUUAGUAGUUAUACAUAAUAUUGUAACAAUUUCUUUAAAAUUAUAAUCGGUUAUUCUCCAAUCUCCAUAAAUGGAACCAUUAGAUCCCUAUGAUAAUCCCAUAAAAUGUAUUUUUGUUUGCCACUUUCAUCACACCGCUGGACCAAAAAUUUUGUGUCAGGUGCCAAAGGAUUUUAUGAGCAAGGAUACAUUUGAGACAGUCAGUGUUUACAUGAUACCAAAAGGCCAACUUCAAAAAUUUAUAAUUACCAUAACAACAAGGGACAACAAAAUUUUGGGUUAUCCAAUACAAAUUAAUGACCAAAAAUAUCUUCGUAAUGCAUACUAUUUUAAUUUGUGCUUUGUUUGUGAUCAUAAUUCUCAUACAUUACAUUAUGAACCCAUUGUAAAAAAAUUAUCUUCUUUUUUGUUAAACUUAGAAAUAGAAGAUAAUUUUCUUUCUAAAAGUGACCAAUCGGAAAAGACUCAAGAAGAAUUAUUAUGUCUUAUGAGUAAAGUAAUGGAUGAUUUAAACCUGUACAAAAGAUGUACAUUGAUAGCACGGCAGUCAAUUAUUUAUUUAAAUGUCAUUGAAGUUUCAUGUAAUCCACCUACUCCAUUGGAUUUUGAUGUUCCGUUACCAGUAUCUGAAAUAGAUCUUUUAGAUGAACAGUGGGAUUUAACUACCAGACAAGUAGCUCCUUUUAUUGAUGGAGUAAAUCAUGUAUGCAAAAUUUCCGAACUUUCUAAAUUGGAUAUUGAAGUGGUUGCUGCAUGUAUUCAAAAUUUAGUUUAUUGUAAUGCUGUUUCAUUAGUAGACCUAUUUCGUUAUAGUAACAUGUAUGUAUGUACUACUAAAAUUGGACAACUUGCAAGGAAUAAAAGUCGUUAUGAUGAAGCAAUUAGUGCUAUAUCACGACCUAGUGGACCAAAAGCCACAUUCAAGGACAUAUUUACUGUGUUCUCUGCAAUGAGACAAGGAUCACGGUUUAUUGAUGUCUGUUUAAGGUUUAAUCCAGUCUCAAUAAAUAUUGAUGAAAGAAAUUUAGUACUCUAUGGUCUUGCCAACGGCUACAUUCGCCAGUUGAGAAAGUAUCCUGUGGUAUUAAAAGAAAAAGAUGUUGAAAAAACAUAUAUGGGGAGCUACUAUAAUGGCCUAAACUCACUCAAUAUAAUUAGCUGUUUUACAAACUCAGAUGUAUAUCAUUUGGAUGAAGAAAUUGAAAGGGAUAUAAGAAUAGUAUCAGUAUGGAAAUAACUUAAAACUGUUAUGUUAAAAAUAUGUUAAGUAAAAAAAAAGAAUUUUCAUUGUAAAUAGAAAUUAAAUGUAUAUAAUAUUAUUGUAAAUUAUUUAUUAUUGUUUGGUAUACUCAAAAAAAUAUAAGAAAAUUGAAUUAAUU